AUGAUAUUAGCCAAAUGCCAGUACUAUCUUGACAAAACAGCACCAAAGAAACUUGAAAGGUGGAUAUUCUUCUCUGGCCUGCUGAUGCUAUACUUCAUAAGAAUUCUGUAUAUCCAAACACACUACCUCGUGACCUACGUUCUUUCAAUCUAUUUGCUGCACGGUCUUAUAGGAUUUUGCACACCACAGGAAGAAAGCAUACCGGAUCCGUUCGAUAAUAUUGAUGAGGAGGUGUAUAUCCCACAGACGGUUGAUGACGAGUUCAGGCCGUUUAUGAGACGGUUGCCCGAAUUUGAUUUUUGGUGGUUGAGUGUGCGAUUGGUGCUUAUAUCGUUUUUAACAACGUUUUCAUCUCUAUUUGAUAUUCCGGUGUAUGCACCGAUACUAAUUCUCUAUUUUAUUGUCAUUUCUUUGCUAACAGCCAAGAAUCUUUACCGUCAUAUGAAAAAGUACAAUUAUAAUCCGUUUUAUGUUGCCAAGGAAAGCUACAAGGUAGGAAAUGACUAAAUAAAGUAAAAAGACUAGCAAAUGAAGUAGUUUUGAUUAAAAAUGCGGUGAUAUGACUCUUUACCUGGGUAUGAAGACUAUUGGGAACAAUGCUUGGUAGUGUUAUGUAUGCCUUUCCGCUCAAGUAUUACUUCUAUGUGUGCCAUUAUCUAUUAGUGUGCUGCAUAGCACUCUCUGAUUGCUGAGCAGCUGUUCAAGUAUGUUUAUUUGUUUGCACACCACCUCCACACUAUUCUGCUGAUUUCUG